UCGACCAAAGUAGAUAACAACUUGUUAUUUAAUAUUUUUCGGAAAAUGAACAGGAAAUUUAGUCUAUCAAAAUUUCCCUGUACAUUUUCUGAUAUCUUUUUAAAAAUGUCAGUAAAAUAGGUUUGAUACAGGAGGAAAUUUGAAACUCAAAUAUUGAAGAAGAUAUGUUUUGCUCUACACGCACUGGCAUGAUUAAAGUUACAGUGACAAGGAAGCUUGCUGAUUCAUUAAGAUAAAGAUGGAUCCAGUACAGUCUUUAAAAUCGUUUCCAUUGGAACUUCUUGGAAUUGCUUACAAUUUAAAUUCAUCAAAAGAAACCAAACACAUCAAAGAAAUCGAAUCGCUGUCAAGGAGACUGAAGGCUGUAAGCAACACCAUAGCCAUUCGUUACAGCGCUCAAAAGAACGAGAUUGAGAGUUUAAAAUCAGAACUGCAGAAAAUAAAGAAAGAGAAAAACAAACUAGCAACAAAGAUGUCUAAGAUACAAACUGAAAAUGGAAAACUCUUGUUUGCAAACAAUGCACUGAAAAGGAAAAUUGAGAAACCUGACAAUGAAAUUAGUCAGAUGCAGACAGAGGUAGAGAGAGCUAUGUCGCAGAAUUUGUUUACAUUACAGUAUGGAGACAUCUUUGAAGAUGACUUUCCUAGUGAUGCAGAAAAACAGAAUGAUGCAGGAAAUGAGAAUGAGGAUGUUCUUGAUCCAAAAACAAGAGAAACAAAGAGAGCUGCUGAAGGUGAUGAAAACCAAGAGAAGAAGAAAACAAAGACUGAGGAAAACUGAAUAAUUAUCCAUUGAUAAUUAUAAUUAGACAAACACUUAGUUCGGUAGUAAGUUAAUGAGCAAACACUAUGUGUUAAAGCAAUGUUAUAACAAAGAACAAUAAGUAUCCAUUAAUAAAGGACAAACACUUAGUUAAGUAGUAUGUUAAUGAGCAAACACUAUGUGUUAAAGCAGUGCUAUAACAAAGUACAACUUCAUAAUCUUUUGUAAUGUUUUUUUCCUUUUAUAAAUUACAUAUAACAUAGUUGAGAAAAAUUCCUAUGUGUGAAAUGAAAAUCAAUUAUUAAUAAAAAGCAUUUCAAAUAUCAGAUGACAUCCAUUGGCAGUAACGUAUGUAAGUUCACUUCAAAAUGGUGCUGGAUUUCUAAAACCAAAUUUAAUUUAAUUUAAAAAUACGUCAAAAUGGGUAUUGGUGUUACUGUUUAACUACUAGUUUCACACUUUAAUAGGCUAGUACAAUUAAUUUAUAAACAUGUCUCUCCAGAUUGCUUACAUUUGAAGAUGCCAUGCAAAAAAAUUAAAUGUUUAUCAGGACAAUCGCUGCCUCAAUUGCUCUAGCCUAUAAUUGUUAUUAGUCACUUUUUAUAUGUUAUCUGUUUGAAAUAAUAAUAAUGGAGAUAUUUUUAUAACUUACAGACCCAAAAAUGAUAUUACAAAUUAACAGUGACAUUGCAGUUCACAGUGAAUUCCAGAUGGCUUUAACAGUUUUUCAACCAAUGAUGGCUUCGUAGAAGACAUACAGUUGAAAAUCAAUAUACAAUUUCCUUACAUUGGUUGCAGUAAUAAAAUUUAGCAUUUUAACAUA